GAUUGCCGCCGACGCUCCGGAUCCGGGGCUCCCACAAAAAGAGCGCCCAAAGAGAGAGGGGAGGAAACCCCAGGAUCUCCCGGAACACGAUUCAUAUGCUGGCAAUCAACAGCUGCUAGAUCGGCCUGGUUUAGCCGAGGAUGGAGCGGCGCGGCAUUUGACGGCUGAGUUGGGCUUCACAAUGUCUGCCAUCUCCCGCAGCCUCAGGUCAGCAACCAAGCUGCGAGUCCAAUUGCGAGCCGCAAGUGGUCUCUGCUCGGCCUCCGUCGGCGCCGCUCGCUUUGCCUCGUCCGGCUUUGCUGUGGCCUCAGUCCCCGCCUCGCGCAGCAACUUUUCGACUUCCUUCUCCAAGCUUUCUGGGGCGCCCGCCAUGGCUUCCUCUGCGCGCGAGUACGAUCCUGAGAUCAAGGACAUUGCCGACUAUGUCGCCAACAAGACGAUUGACUCUGAGCUAGCUUUCGACACCGCUCGAUGGAUCCUCCUCGACACCCUCGGCUGCGGUCUUGAGGGCCUCCGCUUCAAGGAGUGCGCAAAGCUGCUGGGCCCGGUCGUCCCCGGCACCGUCGUGCCCAACGGCACCAAGGUGCCCGGCACUCCCUUUGUGCUGGACCCGGUCAACGGCGCCUUCAACAUCGGAGCCAUGAUCCGCUGGCUCGACUUCAACGACUGCUGGCUGGCCGCUGAAUGGGGCCACCCCUCCGACAACCUGGGAGCCAUCCUGGCUGUUGCCGACUGGGUCAACCGCACCAACAAGGCUGGCGGCAACCUGGCCGGCGGCAAGAUCUUCACGAUCCGAGACGUGCUCGAGGCCAUGAUCAAGGCCCACGAGAUCCAGGGCUGCCUGGCUCUGCUCAACUCGUUCAACAAGGUCGGUCUGGACCACGUCGUGCUGGUCAAGGUCGCCUCCACCGCCGUCGUGUCCAAGAUGCUGGGCCUCAGCGAGAAGCAGAUUGCCGAUGCCGUGACCCAGGCCUGGGUUGACGGCCAGAGCCUGCGCACCUACCGCCACAGCCCCAACACCAUGUCCCGCAAGUCCUGGGCUGCCGGUGAUGCCUGCCAGCGCGCUGUUAACCUGGCGCUCAAGGUGAUGAAGGGCGAGCAGGGUGUUCCCACCGUUCUGUCUGCUCCCACCUGGGGCUUCUACGACGUUCUGUUCAAGGGCAAGAAGUUCGAGUUCCAGCGCCCCUACGGCAGCUACGUGAUGGAGAACGUUCUCUUCAAGGUGUCUUAUCCUGCCGAGUUCCACUCCCAGACUGCCGUCGAGGCCUCGGAGAAGAUCCACCACCAGCUCAAGGCCAUGGGCAAGUCCGCCGCCGACAUCAAGGCCGUCACCUGCCGAACCCACGAGGCCUGCAUCCGCAUCAUCGACAAGCAGUUUAAGCCCAUGGACAACUUCGCCGACCGCGACCACUGCAUCCAGUACAUGUCCGCCGUCAUGCUCGUCUUCGGCCGCCUCGAGGCCACCGACUACGUUGACGGCUCCGAGGCUGCCACCUCUGAGCUCGUCGAGUCUCUCCGCAAGAAGAUUACGUGCGUCGAGGACCCUCAGUUCACCAAGGACUACCACGACCCUGCCCUGCGAACCAUUUCCAACGCCUUGACCGUCGAGCUCAACGACGGCACCGUCCUCCCCGAGGUGGUUGUUGAGGCUCCUCUGGGCCACCGUCUCCGUCGUGAGGAGGCCAAGCCCGUCAUCCUGGCCAAGUACAAGCGCCAUCUCGCCCCUCACUUCCCCGAGGCCACUGUCAAGGAACUUGUCGAGCUCAGCCAGGACACCAAGAAGCUGGAGUCCAUGACUGUCGACGAGUACGUUGACAAGUAUGCCGUCAAGGAGAGCAAAUUUGUCGUUUAGAUGGGGGUUGCACAAAGAUAAAAUUAAAGAGACGGAAGUCCUUAUAUACCUAGCUUAUGAUGAUUUGCUUUU